ACCGCCACCGCCGCCGCAGGUCACGGCCCGCGAGCCGCUGCCGCCCGGAGCAGUGGUGCAGGCAUGGAUGGGAAGAAAUGCAGCGUGUGGCUGUUUCUACCUCUCGUGUUUACUGUGUUUACUUCAGCUGGCUUGUGGAUAGUGUACUUUAUAGCCGUGGAAGAUGACAAAAUUUUGCCAUUAAAUUCAGCCUCAAGGAAAUCUGGCGUGAAGCAUGCUCCGUACAUUAGUUUUGCAGGCGAUGAUCCUCCAGCCAGUUGUGUGUUCAGCCAAGUAAUGAACAUGGCCGCCUUCCUAGCCCUCGUGGUAGCUGUUCUGCGCUUCAUCCAGCUGAAACCAAAGGUUUUAAACCCAUGGCUGAAUAUCAGUGGAUUGGUGGCGCUGUGUCUGGCUUCCUUUGGAAUGACCUUGCUUGGUAACUUCCAGCUCACAAACGAUGAGGAAAUCCAUAAUGUGGGGACAUCCCUGACCUUCGGGUUUGGCACGCUGACCUGCUGGAUCCAGGCCGCCUUGACACUCAAGGUCAACGUCAAGAAUGAAGGCCGGAGAGUUGGGAUUCCUCGAGUCGUUCUGUCGGCUGUCAUCACGCUCUGCGUCGUCCUGUACUUCAUCCUCAUGGCCCAAGACAUCCACAUGUAUGCAGCCCGGGUCCAGUGGGGCCUUGUCAUGUGCUUCCUGACGUACUUCGGCACCCUGGCCGUGGAGUUCCGACACUACCGCUAUGAGAUCGUGUGCUCUGAGUACCAGGAGAAUUUCCUGAGCUUCUCGGAGAGCCUGUCAGAAGCUUCUGAAUAUCAGACCGACCAGGUGUAACCCAUCAGUUUGUCCUUGGGGGAUGCGGUGGGUGUGACAACAGAGGGGCCAGGAGGAUACACUCACGGGAUUUUUGACACACCACCUCAUGACACGUUUCACACCCGCGGACACAUAUUCGUGGCCACAUUUGCCGAAAGAGCUUUUCAGGGCGGGUUAUUUCUUCCACGAACAAGCACAAGCCCUGUGUGGAAAUACACGCUGUCACACUGAAAAAAAAUAUGCACGACCGAGCCGGAAGCUUGUGCAUGAUCGCCUCCCGGUCCCACCCUCCCAGUAUGCCUUGCUCCUCUCCUCUUCGUCACGUUUCGAACCUGGCAUCUUCCUCCAGCAGAGUAAGGCGGGCCGGAUGUACCAUAAGAGAGAUGCCAACUCCCGAAGUCGCCUUCAGGUCCGAAGGGCCUGGAGUGAGCCUGCGGGAGUUGUGGACACCCCCGCAGCGUCUGUGGGGAUGCACACCGCACUGAAGCUGUGACUGUGGCCUGGGGAAGGCAUGGGCAGAGCUUUGCUGCCAGGCUGACUUCCCCAACGUUCAGCGCUCGGCUUUGUGGACCCAGUGAAAGGAGCGUGGAUGCAGAGAACAAGCGCGAGAGAGGCCCACCACCGCCAUUUGGACUUGGCUCACUCUGCCUGAGAAAGAUCUCCACUCUGAACGUUCACAGGGAUAGGCUGCCAGGUAUGGCACGGGUACAGUCCAGAGGGCAUGGUUUAGUUUUUGCUUCCACGCUGUGUCCUGCACAAUUUUGGGUUUAUAGCCCGCCUUUUCUUUUUUUUUUUUCUUUUUUUAAAUGCAACUCUCUUGGUGUCUGUAGGCCUCAUAAACAAAGAUGUGAACCAAAAGCAAGAACAUUAUUUUGAUUUCAGAUAUGAAGGAGGUGAUACCUACAGGCUUAUUUUAUGUUUGAAGCAAAAAAAAGGUGGGGGGGGGAACGAUUUUCAAAGGAGCACAAAGAAAUCUGCACAGGGGUGGGGGUGGUGAGGUAUGAGGGUGUCUGUGAGCUUUAGGAAAGACAAAAGGUUGGAAUUCUUGCUGCAUAUCCCAGCCAGUGGGGAGACUUUCACAUAGAUGUGUUCCCCAAAUUUUAUAGUUCAGGGACUGAGGCCUUUUCAAAUUUGGAAUUUUAUAGAAGCUAAUUAAAACAUUGUCCUCCCCAAAACCACACUGGUACAAACAGAACCACAAUGCUGAACAUGGGUCUCUCACCUUCAAGUUCAGAAGUGAGAUUGUAAGCGAACGAGUUCAAGGUCAUCCUCGAUCCCUUGUGCCAACAGUGUGCCAAGGGCACGAGCAACACCACCACGUCCCCGACUUAGUGCACUGUCUCAAGGGAUCCCAAAAUUCACAGGGGCCUGGGAUACCCCGGAAUAUAAUGUGAAGAAUAUUGUAAAUUCAAUCCAAAGUAUAGCCUCCCACGGAGGGGCUCAAAUGUUGGUUCAUCUAAAUCUGCACUCCAAAGCACAGUGCCUGGCACUCAGUAGGUGCUGAGUAAGUGUCCACUGAGUAGGUUGUUGCCGAGUGGAGGUAAGGAGUAUCAAAGAGAUUCGAAGCUGAGUGACAGAGAACGGAAGCCGUCUCAAGUGAGGAAGGAGGGGAAGAGAAACAGGAUAAGAUUCCCUCAGCAGUGAAUGUGAGGGGUCCCCCCAGCAGAGUGUUCUCGUCGAAAAGGCAGUAAGUAUUCUUACUGUAAAUAGUACGGGGUGACGUCUCAGUUUAAAACUGCUUUGGGCUUUCUUUUUCUUUCUUUUUUUAUAUUUUAAAGAUUUUUAUCAAAGAACAAACACAAUUUUAUUUUAAACAGCUUUUGGUUGACCCACUCGUCUGCUGUCUUAGGAGUUUAUGUAACUGCACAUCUUAGCAGAAUCUAGCAAAGUCUGGCGUUACUCACUGGGA